AUGACUACGAUGUCGGAAGACUCAUCCCAAGGUCUGGAUCACCCUUGUCCAUCCACCAUAUCCACGCCAUACCUACUCCCACAAGGGCUUGUUGCCCCGUCUCAAGCCGAAGCCAAAAUCGCAGCCUUGUCUGUUGAACAACAGCACGAGACCGCCAAACAGCAACGUCUGCAACAACGUCAGGAAUACCAGAUACAGUAUUAUAGAAAACUCCCAGCCCGGCGAUGGGAGGAGAUGCGGGCAGCCGCGGAAAGUUAUGAAAGAAAGAACAUCGUCACGCAGCAACCAAGACUACCGGUUAUGAAGCAGACGGUGAGGACGAAGAAGUAUGAACUAGCGGAGAACUCCACUAUGAUGCAGAACCCGAUGCAGGAAGCGAUGCAGGAACAGCGAAAGGUGACAACACAGGCACAAAGAUUAGCCAACAUGCGGAGAACAAGAGAAGCCAAGAAGCUGCAACAGCGAGAAGCUGCCAAACAACAGAUGAACGAAGACGCAAACCACAAUCGCCAACAGCUCGUCUGUCCACCCAUCAGCUGGGAGCAAUUCUAUGGCCAGAAGUUCAAAAUGCACAUCAAAGACUGCCAAUCUGGUCACUCCAAUGAAACCAGAACGAAGUUGUUGCAGAGAAUCGACAAUGAAUAUGCUGAAUAUCACCAGCAAUUCUACAAGCAACAAAGGGAUGAUCAGAAGAAGUGUGAUGAAGAGGAAGGCAAUGAUAUCUCGGAGUUGACACAGGGCAUGAAGGAUAUGUCUAUCGCACAAGCUGCCGAGGAGAAGGUUACAGAGGUGAAGCAGGAUAUCUUGGAGACACAGGCUCAGAUGCAGGACGUUGCUGAUCAGGAUGGAUACAUGGAUCUCGCAGAGGAAGGUACUGACGACGGCGAAGACUGGGUUGUUGUUGAUUGAGCGAAAGAUAAGUAUCUCUUAUCAGAGAUAACAAGAACACUCCUCUGCGGCGUACUCUUCCCAUAUCAUGAAG